AUGUAUGUUGUGGUCAUCACGUCGGUCUUUACGGCACUGGCGAUUGUAUGUGUCGCCCUCCGGUUAUAUACUCGGUUUUAUCUGUUGAAGGCUCCGGGCCUGGAUGAUUUGAUUAUUACGGCUGCAUUGUUCUGCGCCGUGACAUCCUACGCCUUUAUAGUUCUUGAACGAAAACACGGUCUCGGAAUCCCCACAACAGAAAUCUCCACACAUGAAUACCAGCUCCAACUAUAUUGGUUAUGGCUUUCGGUCCCUUUCUACAACCUCAGCAUGAUAUUAGCCAAGAUUUCUGCCUUAACUCUCUUCGCCCGCCUCUUCCAUCCCCGCUCCUUUCUCAUAGUUACCUACUUCCUAAUUGCCUUCCUUACUCUCACAGGUUUAUGGACAACCCUGAGCGGUUUUAUCUACUGUAUUCCUAUCCAUGACUUUUGGAAUCCAUCCGCAAAGGUCCGAAAGGCAAAUUGUUUACCUGACGGCCCUGUCUGGUUUACCAACGCGGGAAUCCAGACUGUCACUGAUAUGGUGAUAGUGGUUUUGCCACUGCCGCUUUUGUGGAAGUUGCACUUACCAAGAAGACAGAAGUGGGGGAUACUUAUAGUUUUCAGUCUUGGGAUCUGUAUUGUUGGCACCAGUGCUGGUCGCUUGUUUCAAUUGAGCAUCAUGGUUGGUGGAGGAGAUUUUACCCAAGCAAAUGCCCAAGCAGCCCUCUGGUCCUCCCUCGAAGCAAACAUCUCCAUAAUCUGCAUCUGCCUACCACCACUACACCCCCUCCUCUCCAAAGUCUUCUCAUUCUUCUUCCUCCCUCAACCAGUUCACUCAUCAUCCUCAAAGCGUCCAUCUAAUAAAAGCAAGAUGGCCGAGACUGCCCACGGCGAUGGAGAUAUCUGGUGUAACCAACUCUUCAAUCCCGCAACGGCGAGUUACUCUGCUAGUAUUUCCAAGGCCGAUACAAAUGAAUUGGAGGAAGACACCGAGGAGGGAAUUCGUGUUGUACGCGAGUUGAGAUUACAGUCCGAUUCUGUUCCUCAGUCUGCAAAUGGUCCCCCUCUAGAUUUGGAGAUGGGGACGAGGUCGAUGAGGGGUAGUGUUGCACAUGAGAAUCCGCGCUUGACCCUUAGUGCGGAGAGGGAUUUUGGAGAUUUCGAGUUUCCGGAUUAUAAGGAGAAUAUGAAUGCUCCUAUUUAA